UUCGUAUGCUUGCCUGCGCGGAGUUUGCUCUUUAUAUUAAUUAUUGUAUAAUCUAUAAUUUGCCCUGAGCAUCGUACGCGUAGCCGUAAUUUACUAGUAUUUCCAUCUAAAGUACUAAAUAAUAAUAAAAUAUGAGUAUAAAAAUUGAAGCUGAAACUAAAGUUGAUUCUGUACCGUAUGUUCUCGCUUGGGAUGAAAAAUUGUUUGUAGGUACAGAAAGCGGUCACAUAUACUCUUACAGCGCUGAUCUGUCUUCAAAUACAUCAUGGCCAGCGCAUUCCGUCCAAUUGUUUGCGUUGGCAGCUGGGGAAGGAAAUAUUUAUUCUUCUUCUAACGAUGGAUGUAUCAGAGUAUGGAAUUCAGAUGGCGAAAAAAUUAAAGAAUUCCCUUUGAACGGAGGGGAUGUCGGUGUGUUGCGUGUUUUUGGGAAGCAGGUCUUUGCUGGAGAUGAAAUUGGGAAUAUUGUGGUUUAUGAAAAUGGCGUUGAAAAAGCGAAAUAUAAUGUUUUAGAGGAAGUAAAAGAUCUAUGGUUCGAUGCACCUUAUUUAUUUACUGUUAGAGAUUUAGAUGUGACAGUUACUGAAAUAAAACCAGACGAAUCUAAAACGCGUUUUAUCACACGUCGUACAAUGGAAGGUCGUGCACCAUUAAGAGUAGUAGGAUCAAAGCUUUUAGUUGUGGCUAGAGGUGGCAAUAGCCUCAGAUUACAUGACAGCUCUUUUGAUACAGGUUUCAAACUGUUACACGAAAUAAAGGUAAGUGACAUGAUAGUUACCAGCAUAGCUGUGACAGGAGACUACGUUUGGACUGCAGGGUGGGAUGGUUUUGUCAGGAGGUGGAAGAUAGUAAGUGAUAAGCUGGAGGCAGCGGGUGAAGUGAAUCUUGGAGCUUGCGUUAAUUCACUAUCUAGUAAUUUGAAUAAUGUUUAUGCUGCAAUUGCAGAUGGAAAGAUAGUUUUGAUGAAUGCAUAGAUAGAGAGUGCAUAGUUAGAAUGCAUGAUUUAAAAAAGUUUUCCUUUUAAUAAUUUAGAAGAUGCUUUGGGAGUAAACUGUAAACUGAUUAUUAUGUUACUGAUACGAAAUUAAUAAUAUUGUAAGUAUUGUUAGUACCACUCCCCGCGCACUAGGCAGCCUAGCUGCGCAACCAGUUAUGGCAGCCAAUCGACAGCCAUUUGUGAUCCUUUCGCCGAGCGGUAUAAUUCUAUACCUAUUUUAAAGAUGUUCGUACAUACCCAGACCGCUUUUUAACUACACGAGUUUGUACAAGCAUGCUGUGCGUUACAUAACUAAGUGCGUGAAAGAGACGGGUAUAAAUUUAAAGACACACUGUAAGUUCCACCAAAAUUGGAAAUAACCCCAGGUCCCUCAAAUAGGAGCUGAUCAUCAGCAUCUUAUAGGGAUUUAUUUGCGGACUCUUUUGUUAACGAUUUGAAUGGCAAAACAAAUAUGCAUUGACUGCUACAAGUGUGCGGAGACUGACAGCAG